AUGGCGGCCCUUAGAGCUAGGUCCCCAGCAAUUGGAAGAAGCUACAUCAGGCCUCAGGGCCAGAUCCCACAACUGCCUGCCAUGAUAGUGGAGAAUGGGCACCAGGCUUAUCCAUACAAUGGGUUGUAUGAGAAUAGCUCCAUGUCAAAGCAUAGGGGACUCCCUUAUCCUUUCUGUGAAUGCAUCUUGUCUGGGGUCAAAUUUGUCAAGAUGUCCUCGUUCCAGAAGCACUUUGGACUUAAAUACAAAGAACUGUACCUGCAUAAAGAGCUUGAGAAGGUUCGCAAGAAGACUAAAAAGGAUUUUCUCCGAUUCAAGCAGAGCUUGGCUUCCAAGCCGGCUAUAGGUGAAGGCCCUGUCCAUCGUCACCAGCCUCCCAGUCCCCAAGCCCUAGGUCGGACCAGCCCUGGGGAAAGGGAGCACAUUUCCCAGGCUAGUCCCCGAAAGCCAUCAGGAUCACCACAGGUUAAAGGCCCUGGGGCGCCUGCUGCGGCCCCCUUGCAGAAGGCGCUCGGUGGAGCAGUGCGCUUCUCUGGCCCAGGGCGCUUCUCUGGCCCUGGCGAGACGGCCGCUCCCGUGAAGCCCCGGCCAUUUCGCCCCCAGGACUUUUACAUGCGGAGCUCCGCGUAUCUCCGGCACCCGCGCCAGAAGAAGCCGCCGGUCAUCGCCCCGGGGGCAGGCACGUCGAGGCCCGCGGCCCUGCUGCCACCGCCCGCAACACCCUUGAAGCUCAGGGCGCACCCGGGCAGGGGAAGCCCGCAGACGACGGCCUCCAGGCCCGUACCCGACUUGGUCCGGGGGCGCGACCCGGGCCGCGAGGUAGCUCUGCCCGCCGAGGUCCGCAAGGCCCAGCAGAGGCGGACCAGCUCCACGCCCAGCGAGGACAGCGACGCGGCGGCGGGCCGGCGGGGGAGAGUGAAGAUGCGCAGCCGCCCCUUGUGCGAGGUCUGUGAGCGGCAGGAAGCGGCCAGGCCAGACGCUUCCAAAACAGACCGCGAGAGCCUCCUGCCGAGCGACGCGCUGGAGGCGGGCCCGGCCCUGCUGCCGGCUGGAGUGAUCCCGACAUCCAUCGAGGAGAUCACAGCCUCGCUGCAGUCGGAGGCCCAGCUGGCCUCGGACCAGACCAUCAAAGAGCUCAUACAGAGUGUCCUCGGCCAGAACUACGACCUUAAAAUGGAAGAUGUUUCUUUAAUGGGAAAAAUGCAGUGGCAUAAAAUAUCUCAGGUGCAAGCAGAGCAAGGAUUACAGAAAAGUGCUGAGGAACUUCAAAUGAAAAGUCUGCUUGAGGAACUUCCUGGAGCUGUAUCGAGUAUUUUUCAGAUUGAACGAGAGGAUGAAUCUGAAUGGGGAGGCUCAGAAGCAGGAAGCAUAGUAUUUAAACCUCAGGAAAUUUCAGAAGUUCAGACAACAGAGGAGUCACAUAAACCUUCAGAAGAUCGACAGCCCAUAGGUGAUUCGAAAGCAGUCACGCGGUUGUCUUUAAAGCACACUUUAUAUUUUUUUAAAGGUGAAAUCAUCAGAAUUCUUACAAAUCAGAGGAAGAGAAGUUAAGAGAAAACGAAAAAGUAAAUCAGGAAUUCCACAACAGAAACCAAAAAAGUCUUUAAAACUUCCAUGGGAUAAAAAACUAUCCAAAAGAAUUCCACAAGAUCACCCUGUCGUUAACCAUCACGAGCUGUGCACCACUGUCCCAGCCCAGGGGCUACCCAUGGACUUGCGCCUGGUUUCUCGAGUGUAUCAUACAGCUGACAGAAAAGGCCACAAUACUAUCCUUGG